UGCUAUUUGACAUGCUUUCUCAGUCAUCUUAUAUACCCAUACAAAGUGUGAGCUGACUUCAAUCGUAUUUGCUGAUAAAAGCUUCUAGUUUCUUUCUUUUUUGAUUAAAAAUAAAGCUUUUAGUUUCUUUCGUCAUCGAUAAUAUCAUGGCAAGGAUGUUUCACUGUUGUGUCACGAUCCUUUUAGCCUUACUAUGGUGUAUCUGUACAUCAUGCCAGCUGCAGACAAACUACAAGCAUGUAGCCUUGGUUCUAUGUUGAAAUUUAAAGAUAAGCAUCGUGGAAUAUGCAUAGGAUGCCUUUGUUCAUAUCAAGAACUUAACAAAGCUGAUCCUAGGUUCCAUCUGAAUUCUAAGGCCUCAUUUUGUUUGUUCCGCUACAGACAAAAAUGGAACUAAUUAUAAAAGUACACAAGACCUUCAUACUAAAUCCUUCCUUUCUUCUUUCCAUAAGGAGCGUUUGAAAUUGACAUGGCUGAUUCAUUCACAAGGGGAGAAAGUAGUCACCAAGGAAGGCCAGAACCUUUGAGAAGCAGCCAGUUGCCUGAAAAUGCUAGCACUACCACUCAGGUGGUCCUAGUCAUGGAUGGACUCAAGGAGUUCACCAUAAAGUCGCUUAAGUGGGUUCUUGAGAAUAUUUCAGCAUCCGGUGGCAUUAAUGUCACUCUCCUUGGAGCCAUGCCGUGGCUCAAUAUUCCUUUAUCUGCAAAGACGUGGCAAGGUAUUUGGGCCGUGGGAUUUGAAGAAUUAGCUAUGGCAAAAGAACAAGGUGAUGAAUGGAAGAGUGAUUCUAAAUAUGUAAAGCUUCAAGCAAUUCUUGACCUCUGCAAGAGAUUUGGGGUUAAUGUGCCACAGAAGGAAGUUGUGAUGGGUUAUCCCUUGAAACUGAUGGUGGUUGAAAAACUUAAAAGCCUUAAUGCAUCAUGGGUGGUUUUUGAUAGGCAUCAGAGAAGAGACAUGGAAUUCAUUGCAGAUAAAUUUCCAUGUAACAUGGUUAUGAUAAAUGAAAAUGACGAGCCUGUUAUUAUCAAGAUGCAGCCACUGACUAGUGGAGAGUUCACUUCAGGGGGGUCACCAGCAUCUUUUCUACCUUCUCCGCUAUGAUUUCUCAUUAUCCGUUGGAAGUUCUUGAGGAGAAAUUAAUCACCAGAGAAACAUGAAGAUCACUAACAAGAAUGUUUCUAUUUGAUUAGUUAUGGAUUUGUAAUUUAAAGAUAUUGGGUGGAAGUGAUGCAGAGCUGAUGAUGAUGGUGAAAUUCCUUGUGGGACGUGGGCAAUCAAGGACUAAAUCAUAACUUAGUUCUUCAGCCUACUUGGAGUUGCACUUCAAAACAGUUCCUCCUUUUCGUUUUCUUGUAAUAAAGCGCAAUUUCACCCUUUU